AAUAUAUAAAAAGUUAAAACACACACACUUGGGGCUCUGUGUCAGUACCUAUGUAAAUCUACACAAUUUUCUUUAGGUAUGGUGCGACCAAAAGCGAUAUGUCCGGCAAAAGGCGUCGGAAAACAUUAAGUUGCGGAAAGGAACGGGAGGUGGCCCUAAUAUGGAGAAAAAACUGUCCCCAAGUGAAGAGGCUAUUUUUAAUUUAAUUGGGUUGGAGAAAUAUGUGGAUGGUGUCCUCGUGGAAAGAUUAGGAUUUCAGGUGGCACCUGAAGAUGCGCUUGUUAUUGACGAUGCCGAAGCUCCGUCAUUUGUUUCAGAAGUUGAGAUAUCCGACAUUAUCGAAGAGGAAAAUUUUGUAGAUAUGGUGAUUGCAACCCAGGAACCUCAAGACAACGGCACGGCGGCUACAAGUAAAAUUACAGAUUGUGUUAAAACGGGCAUUAUCACAGAAUUAUGUUCUCCGGUUCCAAAACAAUCAAAAGCCGUUGCAGCUGCCGCCUUGAAAGAGGAAAUAAAAAUUCAAAAUGAAAUCUGUGCGCAUAUAAAGACUGCAGCAACCGAUCUAAAAGAGCAACACGGGAGCUUAAAUAAAAUAUCGCAAAGGUUGGACAAGAUAUAUGAUAUUCAGAAAAAGCACUAUAAAGAGAUGGAAUCGCAUCUGAAGGAAGUGAACCUCAUUAAGAAGGAAAAGAUAGAAGAAAUGAAGAGACACAAUUAUGUUAUGGAAAAAAUGAGAAGAAAAGAAAUUGAAUACAAAUUGGAAAAGAAUAGACGAUUGAUGGAAAUAGAAGAUCUAAAAGUUCGUAAAAGUAAUGAUGGACAAAUGCAGUGCGACUAGUGUAUAUACUGCAAGAGUAUUUUUUUUAUUGGAUUGCCUUAAAGUACUAAGUACCUGAGUAUUUAUUUUUUAUUAAUAACAUUACCAAUAGUUACAUUGAAGUACAAAUUGCUUAAACAUAAGAUGUUCUACAUAUACAGCGCGGUAAAAGAUAGCACAUCAAUAUUUUGGCCAGUUUUGACAAAUUUUCUUUUGCUAUUUUUAAUGUACAUAUAUUCAUUUUUUUAUUAAAGCAUACAU